AGAACAUUUGUGCAAAUUGUAUCCUUAUUAUUUGGGCCUUAUAAGCAGACCCGUCCAGAUCCGAAUAAGCAAGCAAUAAACCCUAAUAAACACAUAAACAUCAUCAUAAUAUAUAUUUGCCGCAGUUAGCUCACACUCACUUUCCCUCUCCGAUCACAACCCUUCGACUCCACAAUUUCCUGAGAUGGGUGAAACACCAGUUCCAGAGUCCAUCUUGAAGAAGCAGAAGAGGAGUGAGGAAUGGGCUCUUGCAAAGAAGCAAGAACUUGAAUCUGCGAAGAAGAAGAAUGCCGAGAACAGGAAAUUGAUCUACAACAGAGCGAAGCUGUACGCAAAGGAGUACGAGCAGCAGGACAAGGAGUUGAUUCGUUUAAAACGUGAGGCUAGAUUGAAAGGUGGUUUCUAUGUGGAUCCUGAGGCAAAGUUGUUGUUUAUCAUCAGGAUACGCGGGAUUAACGCUAUGGCCCCACAGACCAAAAAGAUUUUGCAGCUACUACGUUUGCGACAGAUCUUUAAUGGGGUGUUUUUGAAAGUUAACAAAGCCACCGUGAACAUGUUGCAUAGAGUUGAACCUUACGUUACCUAUGGUUAUCCAAACCUAAAGAGUGUUAGGGAAUUGAUCUACAAGAGAGGUUAUGGGAAGCUCAACAAGCAGAGAAUUGCUUUGACCGACAACUCUGUCAUUGAGCAGGGACUGGGCAAGCACGGGAUUAUCUGCGCCGAAGACCUCGUCCAUGAGAUCAUGACUGUUGGCCCCCACUUCAAGGAGGCCAACAACUUCCUAUGGCCAUUCCAACUGAAGGCACCUUUGGGCGGACUCAAGAAGAAGAGAAAUCACUACGUUGAAGGUGGUGAUGCUGGUAACCGCGAGAACUUCAUCAAUGAACUUAUCAGGAGGAUGAACUAAGUGCCCGAAAUUUGGUUUUCUAGGCAUUUUUAGUGAAUUGACAAUUCCGAGUUUCUACCAUAUGAUAUAUUUCGGUUUAUGAUAGUAUACGACAUUAUUGUUGUUUUGAUCCCAGCAGUCUCGUCUUAAUUGUGUUGGAUUUUUGAAUUUAUGUUACAUUUCAGGUUCAAGGAGUCCAACAACCUUGAAUGUUGAAUGUGCCAUUUCUGCUGCA